AUGCCAGUUAUUCUGUGUUUCCUGUCAAAGACACACGCACAAAUACAGAUUCACAUCCAAGUGUCAGACUCAAACCAAGUCACCGUUCAAACCACCGGCCAAUCAGAGACAAGAGAUCUGAACCCAAACCAUAGAGAACUAUUCCAUAUUACCGAUGAACUACUACAGAAAGCGUUAUUUACACUAACGGGAUUACAAACAGAAGUUUUCCUUGCUAAUGAUAAUGAUGUCUAUAAGAAUUAUGAGUUAGAACCAGUUAAAACGCUUCUUAAACCAAACGGAACGAAAAUAAAAGUUAUACAAGAGGAAGUCAUUUUGAAUAAGUUACAGACGUACAAUAAUUACGCAACAGAAAAUUCCCAAAUAAUAACACUAGCAGGAAAUAUAGAGGAUAAUGUGACGUGUGUUUAUAAACAGAAGGAUGUAUUUCCCACUGAGAUAAAACAUAUAAUUGACGUGCAUAGCAUAAAUAAGAAUUGGAGUAUGCAAUCUAAUUUCGGUAGGGAUUUUUCUGAAACGCAAUCCAUUCCUAUUGUUGAUGCUUCCUUUACUGUAACUUUAGGUCCAAAACAGGACGCUACAGCUAUUUUAGGUGCAACGAAAGUUACAGUUUUAAUACAGAUAAAUUACUUGGCGGUUUUAACCGGCAAUGUCUUGGCGAAGUUCGAUAGUUCUUACGUUUGGGGUUACGAGCACUAUGAUAUAAAAACAAUAAUGGAUGAAGCUGGAAUGCCUCAUAGUGUGAGACUUAGUGAAGAAAUAAGUAUAGAAUUUUACACUAACUGCUCUAUAAAAGUGUAUGGAGACAAUGUAUUUGCGAUGAAUAGUGUAAAUCAAUGCUUCUUCACUGUGAUAAAUAAAACAAAUGAUGAAGAUAUUAACUGGAGUACAGAAAAGGUGAAAGAUAAGAAAUUAACUUCUAAAGUACUUCCAAAAGUGUUAAAGCAACAAGGUAACAGUGCUAUAAUGAACUCAGUGACUAAUGUUUUGUUAGUUUCGUUAUUUUUGAUAAUAAUAGAAAGACUUUGAAAUUUA